GUACGUCAAACUCAUUCCGCGCUUCCAGGUUCGAGGUUUCUAAAUACCGUCUAGGUGAACCAGCACCUACGACACCUCUCCCAAACUUCCAAAUCCUUCUGGAUUCACAGUGUCGUUCGUCAAAGUGCAUUUCUUCCACUCGCAACACAACUCCCACUCGAGUCCUUUACGCCAGAAGAGCUACAACACGGCUGCCAGAGAGCGGUGAUAAGGGAUCGAAAUCUUUCCAUGGAUGA